AUGGUUGUCCAACAGCACAUCCUCAACUGGCUGUACAGCGUUCUCACCAGCGAAUAUCACGAUGUCAACCGAACAUACAAUGAUGUCGCUCAAGUCCUGUCGCAAUACCCGUCACUGUCGCCUAGGACUGAUGUUCACACCUUCCCCAACGGCGUCUCUGCCCUCCUCUUACAUCUGACCGGUACUAUACCCGUCGUCUUCAGGGGCAACACCUACCGCUUUCCCAUCUCGCUAUGGGUUCCCCACGCUUAUCCCCGCGAGCCGCCGCUCGUGUACGUUACUCCCACCGAGAACAUGGUCGUCCGCCCCGGCCAGCACGUGGACCCUCAAGGUCAGGUCUACCAUCCGUACCUGGUAGGCUGGUCAAGCUUUUGGGAUAAGUCUACCGUUCUGGACUUUCUAGCCAUCCUCCGGGAUGUCUUUGCCAAGGAGCCACCUGUAGUUGCAAAGCAGCAGCAGCCUCCCCAGCAGCAACGGCAACAAGCGGUAUCGACCCCGACGCCACCACCAGUCCCCCCGUUGCCCAAUGCGAACGUGACGGCGAGACCAGCUUCAGUCGUCAGCAGUGGUCACAUCGCCUCCCCUCCGAACGAGCAAAGGCCGCCGCCACCGCCGCCAAAGGGCAACGAUGCUUCCGUGCAUAGGCCAUCUCCCGUGGCGGCACAACCCAGCUCAUCCGGGCCACCCUUACCACCACAUCCUGGGAGGCAGGAGGCUCCGGCACCACAGAGCCAUAGGCUUUCGAGAUAUGAUUCGGCACCACCUCUUCCGCCGCAGCAGCCACAUAAUACAGGACCACCUCCAAGGCCGCAAUACCAAUCUCCUCCACCGGCGCAUGUGCAUGCACCAUAUGAACAGCAGCAACCAUCGGGCUACGAUAAUUACCAUCCGUCAGACCCAAGGCGCAUGUCAAUCCAGUCGCAGGGUGCACCUCCACAGCCAACACCGCAGCCCCAUGCCAGUUGGAACCAGCAACAUCAACAGCCUCCGCAACACCAACAACAACAGCAGCCGCCUCCAGUGCAGCAACACGCCCAGCAACCGGCGCCUCACCCUCAGAGCCAACCACCACACCCUCAAUACCAGCAACCACCACCACAACCCGUCCAUAAACCGCCGCCACCACCACCAGACAUCAUGGACGAACCCCUGGUUCUGUCCCUCCCCUCCCCUACCAACAUCCCCGCACCCCCAAUUCCCCCGAAUCCGGAGCGCUCCAACCUCCUCGCCCAGCUCGCCACGACCCUGCACGCGAUGCGCGUCCGGGCUCGGGCUCAAAACGAAUCCUCCCUUUCUGGCCUCCAAGCUCAGCGCGCCGCCAUGCUGGCCGCUCUUUCCUCGAUGCACGCCGAGCAGCAGUCUCUGUCGGCGGUGUCGUCGCUGCUGUCAUCCAACGCCUCCAUCUUGCACGACUCCCUGCGCAAGGCCGACGCGGUCGUGGCCGACGCAAAAGCAGGCAAGAUUGUACCCCCGGACGUCGACGAGCUGCUCGUUGCGCCCACGGUGGUUGCGAACCAGCUGUAUGACCUCGUGGCCGAGGAGCGCGCCCUCGCCGACGCCGUCUUUGUGCUCGGCAGGGCCGUGGAGAGGGGUCGUGUCAGCCCUGGAGUCUUUGCCAAGACGACGAGAAGCCUGGCUAGAGAGUGGUAUCUCAAAAAGGCACUCGUCAAGAAGAUUGGGCGGGGAAUGGGAUUGAUUCAGCCUUGA